GGUGUCAAAAAUGCGACAGAGUGCAGCGGACCAGAAGAUGGACAGCAGCGUCUUCAUAAUAAAAAAAAAUCCGGUUGCCAACCCGCCCGCCAAGCGUGGUAACUGGCAAGUGUAACCCCCUAAGAGGCAAUCUAUGGGGAAGGCCUAUGUUCAGCAGUGUACUUUUAUAGCCUGUAGUGAGUGAGUGUGGGUGAUAACAAUAAAACUAAAGCGUGUAGUGGCGGUGUAAAAAUAUAUACUACCCCGUAUCGUCCCGUGGGUGUCAAAAAUGCGACAGAGUGCAGCGGACCAGAAGAUGGACAGCAGCGUCUUCAUAAUAAAAAAAAAUCCGGUUGCCAACCCUCCCGCCAAGCGUGGUAACUGGCAAGUGUAACCCCCUAAGAGGCAAUCUAUGGGGAAGGCCUAUGUUCAGCAGUGGAUUUUUAAUAGGCUGUAAUGGUAACGGAUGUAACAAUUUUUUUAUUAUGGAAUAAUGGUGAGAAACGGGCACACAGUCCACUUGAUGGUAAGUGGAUGCUGUGGCCCACAGACAUCUACAUGUAUCCUCUAUUAACAAUCAAAAUGCAAAUGCGUUGUCACCUCUUUGGAUAAAGAUGGAAUGUCUCGCUUGCAGUAAAAAGUCUCCGGUUCUCUACACUUACCAUGCGAAACACAGCAGCAUUAAACUGCUAUAUUACACUGGUAUUCUGUGAGUUGGCUCUACCACGUUAGAGUUAGUUGUAUCCAUUAUUAAUUCUAUUAAUAUUUUUAUUUCAAGUUAAAGUUGUAAAUCAUUUUUUUUUUCUAAUAUUAACAAUUUAAAAUAUGCUUAUAGCACCUGACAGGUAUUUAACACUGGAAAAAAAGAUUAUUAAGGCUAAUAACAUUGUAAGACAAAGAGCUAAGCAAAGGCGUCAAAAGUACGAUAAAGAAAUGCAGUUAAAUUUGAGACAAGACUUGAGCUUGUCGUCCCAGCGUGCAUCUGAAGAGAAAGAAUUUGACCCAGAAUGGGAACAUGAUUUAACAGCACAGAGCUUGUUGAAAUUGGAAGGUGUUUCAAAAGUAAUUAAGAAUGAUAAUGUGAAUAAUUUUGAUUUAAACAACACUGAAAGUGGAAACUGCAAUCAAGACAAAAGCAUAGAAACAUAUUCAAAAGAUAUUAAAGAUGAAGAUACAGUUGAGAAGUUAAGUAAUAUAGAACAAGAUUAUGAAAACACCGCUAACAAUCACACUGAGCAAAAGCUAAAUCCCAAUUUUCAUGUUAACAACUGUACUCGUGAUAUAGAAAAACACGGCAUAAAUAAAAGUGAUAGGGAAGAUAGUAGUGACCAUGCGGAAUAUAUGGUAUAUGAUACAAAGUAUGUUGAUAAAAUAGAAAAUACCGAAAGCUUAUCGGUAACUAAUAUUUAUAACAUAGAACGUGACUAUGUAGAACCGGAAAAAAUUGAAACACUUGUCACGAAUUAUUCGAAUGAUAAACCAGUUUUUACCAACAAUGAAAAUGUGGUAAUUCCUGCUGACACUAACAUUAACCAGAAUGUUGAAGAUAAUUUAAAAGCUGUUAAUAAUAUACAUGCCGAUGAAAGCAUAUCUGAUAUCGAAACUAAAGGAAUAUUAAAUUUUGUAGAGAAAAUCGUUGAAAAAUCGGGAGUUUCAAACACAGAAGUUUGUCAAGAAAAUAUGAAAGUACAUGAAGGUGACAGAGACAACCAUACAGAACAAAUUAAUUAUGACCAGAAUGCUAUAGUGGAAAAUAACAUUUUUGAAACUGAUUGUACAAAUAAAGAUACUGACAUUAUAACAGAUAAUAAAGAAAGCACAGUAUGUGACGAAGUAAAUAAAGACGAAUACAGUUAUCAAUUUAGUGAAGGUAAAUUAUCAUCUGACACAGGGGAAGUUGAAAUUAUGGAUACUAAAUGUUUACAAAAAGAAACUUUUGGAAAAGAGUAUAAAGACGCAAUUGGUACUGGAUCUCACGAUGUUAUUUGUAUCGGCGAAGAAAAUACUGAUAUAAAAUCAGUCAAUACGCCUACAAAUUAUGCAGAAAUGGAAAUAAAGCCUGUUAUUAAUGAUGAUCAAUUUUCACCAGCGAGUAAAAUAAACAUGAAUGAGAAUCAUACGGCUGUAGAAAAUGCGAACGGAAAUGAAAAUGAAAAUAAAUUAGAAAGCGAAGCUUUAAAAAUAAAUAGUGAGGGCCUGCUUAAUACCUCUAUUGUCGCAAGCGAUGCCAAUGAAACAAAGGUUGAAAAUAAAUUAUCAUCGCAGAAUAAUGAUCAAAAUAAAGACAACGCCACAAGCAAUAAUUUUAUUGAAAUAAAUCCUAAUGAAGAUUCGACUCAAAGUCUUAGUAAGACAUAUCUGAGAGAAGAAGGAAACAAUAAUUCAACUGAAAAUUCUGAAAUAAAAGCAAUAAAAGAAGAUGUGAGUACCGACAAUCCACUUUUAUGUGAACAAAACAACUCUAGCAUUAUUCAGAAUAGUGAUUGUGAUAUUAACGAUAACAGUAACAAGGAAAUUUUACCAAAUAACACUUGUGUUGUUGAAGCAAGUGAAUCUAAAAGCACUAAGGCAAUGGAUCUUGAAACAGCUGCUAUAACGAUACAAAAAGUCUUUCGCAACUUUCUUUUUAGAAGCAAAACUUCUAGUUUUGACGAAUCUACAAAUAUUGACUUUAAUGGUUUUGAGCAUGAAAACAAUUCAAAGGAUGAAGAACUUACCGUCAAGAAUCAGAACAUUAACAAGGAUAGACGAACACUUGGCAUAAGUCGCAUGGACACUGUGUUACAAACGGUAAAUGAAGAAAAAUCGCUCUCUGUGUCUACCGACGAUUCGUCUACACUAUCUAGUGCUGCUACCGUUAUUCAGGCUCACAUCAGAGGCUUUCUAGUAAGAAAUCGGUUGAAUCGCAACAAAACAAUUUCAAAUACUACUUUAGUUGAUUCUGAUGACCCAUCCAUGUCGUUAGAAACUGAUCCAGAUCCUACUAGAAAUAAAACAGUUUUAAACAUUCACAUUGUUCCUGAUGGAAGUCAGUUCAUGAGCAGAGACGAAAGCCUGUUGACAUCAGUGGAAUUAUCUUUAGAUGGAAGCCCACCAACGUCCACAAAUUUGCAUCCUUUAGGUUAUGACAAAAACGAACGACGUAAACAGUUAAAAAGAGAGGAUGCAAUUCAAUCUAUUUCUCCUCCUAGUAACAGUUGUAGUAGACUUAGUGAAGAGCUCGAUUCUGCAAAGGAACUGUUUGUUAAUGACAGUAGUAUGCAAACAGAGCAAAAGAUUACUGAUGAAAUAACUAUAGAUUCUGACAUGAUAGUUGGGGAUAAUAGUGGCGAUAUCUUGUUGAAAGAAUCGACGGUGGAAGAGCACCAUCAGGAUCAAAACAUAACACUUAUGUCUGAUGUUAAGCAUCAAGCUAAAACUGAAAUAUCUUCUGAUGAAUCAGAUGUGAUUACUCCUUUUGUACCAACGGAGGAAAAGAAUGGUGAUACUGAUAAUUCAAAAUUGCUUCACUCUGGUGAAUUCCACGAUUUGGUCCUACCUACGAAGGUGUCCCGCAGUGAGACGUCAGUCGUCCGUGAUUUCCAAAACGUCCUGGUAUACUUUUUAGUCUGGAACAAUUCUUAAGAGUGUAUUUAAUCAAUCUUAUUAAAUUUUUGUUUUAAGCAUAAACUAGAGUUUUUGUAUCAAUAUAUUUUUGUGUUAUUAUACCCCUAUAAUAUUAUUUUAUAUUUAAUUGACAAUUUGUCUGCUUUUUAGUAAAACUGAUAAG